AUGGACGAAAAGGGCCGGGAGGCCCAGCCCACGGUCUUCGGUCCAUGCCAAGGCCCUGCACAGACAACCGAGAGGGUGGACCCGGCGCCGAUGGCCACAGGUAGGCCGCCGGCGAGCGGCUUGCUGCCAUUUAAACCCACAAAAAUUCACCGGAGCCCAGAAAUUGACGGGACCUCGCGCGGCAUCAUCACACUGCCCAUGGAGGCUGUGGUUAAAAUGCGGGGCCGUUUCGCCUACGCCUUCACGGAUUUUGUGAAGGGGUGCAGGGCCCGUUCCUCCUUUGUCCUCAAAACUUUUUCUGCGCUCAUACGAGUCCGUUCAAAUACCCGCAGGGUCAGGCUUCCCUUGUUCCCUGCAUUCCGCACGAUCGAUGCCGUCACUUACGCAAACAUUGCAACUUUCCAAAUAGAUCGCGACGUCCUCGACCUUGCUACUGAGCCCAAUGAUUCCCUUCUCGGAGUUCUUGCCAUGGACGAUCCUGACGAGAUGUUCUCCACUGCUCGCAUAUUAGAAGAUGGCAAGAAAUGGCCAACCGAUGAUGACUCAGAUCCGGAGGACGGAGGGGACACGGAGGAUGAUGACAAUGACGACGACUCGGACGUUGAUGUCCUCGGGACCAAUUUAGGGCUCGGGGACGCAGAUUCCUUGGAUGAUCCAAGUAACAUUAGUGGUGAUGAUGACGGUUAUGAUGACGAGGGGGAUGAUAUGGACAGUGGGGAUGAAAACAAUGACGAUGAUGAGGAAGGUGACUUUGAUGUGGGAGGGGGGUUACUUGAGAUGAUGGGUGGCGGGGAUGGUGAUGAGAGUGGUGACACGAUCGAGUCCUUCAGCAGCGGUGAGGAUGAAGGGUGGCUCAUGUGAGAGCAGAUGAUGAUUCUUUUCUUUCUAUGCAUGGUCG